CCCUGAUGUAGCAGGCAAUGUGAAAAUGCUCAUCUUUUAGCCCAGCAUGCAACCAAAGGUGCUGAAUCCGCUGUGAGCCCUAAACCGCCGUCUGUGAGCCCCGCUGCUGCUACCCGGAAAUAUUACAAGGGCCGGAAAGGACCAAUGUUAAGGGAGCACACGUCACUCACUUUUACCCAAAAAUAUUAUCACCGAGCAUCCUAAUUUUUCUCGGCCGCCGAAACAUCAAGCAAAAGCUCACUGACAGCGCAACAUGUCGUAAUCAAAUGGCGAGGAGGCGGCUGCGGUACCCGUCGGCGUCGAUUUCUUGGGGGGAACUGUGCAAGCGUUCACCCAGCUCAGCAUCAGUGAAAAUGGCUCUGGCUAACGACUGGAAAACAGCACGCAGAAAUGGAAGCGGACGAUAGCUAGCUAGGCGGUUAGAAGAAGGCGUGACAGGCCUCAUCCGUCUGCAACUGUGCCCUGCAACUGGAUGCGAUUGCCGAGGUGCAUUAUAAAAUGAGAGGCAGUCAAAUGUGCGAUAGAUUAUCUUCCUCAUCUGCCCGGGGAGCUCACUCCCCUCUAGCUUCAUCGCAUCAAUUAGAGGAAACGAUCAGCCACCCUGUUGAUCUGUAUUAAGGUACUAUACACCUACUGUUGCUGUGUAAUUACAUCCAUCAUACCUGCUCAGGUAAUUGAUCAUUACUAUUAAUCUUUUUAAAAACAUUCCUUAUGUAUAUUAUAACCUGCUCAUGGACCUUUAAGAUUAAAACUAACAUUUGAAUUGUGUGAUAAUUGACACAAUAACAUUAAAAUAUCUAAGUCAGCAUUGUUGGUUUUGUACAUUUUGGGGCUAAAACGUGCAUGACUUAUUGCCAAAUUUGAAUGAAAAUUUAAUUUUUUUGCAAAGCAGUUUUAUUUGCAUUUAAAUGAUGGAAUAGUUUAAUGUUGGAAAGUGAAGUCUUGAUAAUUGGCUAACAGGCUCCCAUGUGUCUAAUGAUUCAAGUUAUACAGAAACUUAUCUUUAAAAGGAUUCUUAAGAGUGAAUAACCUCAUUAAAUUAAUUUGUAUCUAAUUUGCAUCUUUGAAGUUUCUCUUAUCACAAGGAUUGAGUUCUACUGAAAACCCUGAAACCUUCUGAAAUGCAGCCAUGAGAACAAGAGCGAUUUAAUGAGUCGUACUAGUCCUGUGAAAAACUAAGUACACCCUUACUGUAUCCAUAGGAAUUAAGAGGGUAAGAAGCUGUAAAAGCAGACAUUUUGGCAGUUUUCUGGUCUGUCAUUCAGGUGUGUGUUUACACAUUGCCUGGUGGAAAACAAACACAGAGUAUCAGCACAGACACCUCAUACCAGCUGUCACGCACAGUGGUGAAGGGUUGAAGAUUUGGGUUUGUUUUUCAAGUACAAAACUUGGAGACCUUGCAGCCAUUCAGUUGAUGAACUCCUCCUCUGUAUACCAAAGUAUUCUAGAGUCACACGUGAGGCCACCUGUCCUUGGCUGAAAUUGGGUCUUGCAGCACGACGAUGAUCCCAAGCACACCAGCUUAAAAAGGAAGGAAUCAAUGCGUUGCAAUUAAGGCUGCCACAAACGAUUAUUUUGAUAGUCGACUAGUCACCGAUUAUUUUUGCGAUUAGUCGACUAUUAAACAUUUAUUUUGUGACCCAGAAAGAAUAAUAAGAGUAAUAUUAAAACUAACUAGCUGCCGCCAUUGAUGGAAACUGAGCAAGGCCACGCUAUGAAUUCUGGGAUAGGUUGGGCCACGAAGUAUACACCAACCCAUCCUUCAAAUCUGGGGAAAUGAAGGGCGCAUUUGUUGGAGUCUUCGAAUUUGUACAGUCUUCGUCGUGUCGCUGUAACGUAAUUGGCCUACAAAUGCGGGCACAGGAGGAUGCGGUUCCUAAAUUUGGACACAGCUACGUUACCGGACACUGCUUCUUCUUCUUCGGGGUUUAACGGCAGCUGGCAUCCUUGUACAUGCAGUGCUGCCAUCUUCUGUUUCAGUCCGUUAUUACACUCUUAAAUCCUGCUACUUAUUCCUGCGUCUUUUGGGAUCUUACAAAGCUUCAAACGACGCGUCAGUGAUUUUGAUAGCCGACAUAAUCGUGACUAGCCGACUAAUCGUGGCAGCCCUAGUUGCAAUUGCCCGAAGUCCAGAGCUCAACAUGAUUGAAAUGCUGUGGCACAACUUCAAGAGAGCUGUGCUUAAAUGAAUGCCCACAAACCUACCGAAGCCAUAUUGUAAUAAAGAUUGUGCUGAAAUUUCUCCACAAUAAUGUGAGAGACUGAUGAGCGCAUACUGAUGAUUACUUAAAGUUAUUACUGUUAAAGGUGGCACCACAAGCUACUGAAUCAUGUUGUGUACUCAGUUUUACAUUUGACUGUACGUUUACAAUAAACGCCGUCUCGUGUUUUCUUGCGCUAUGUAAAAGAGAUUGCAAUGCGAAAACUGUUACUGAAGUUGUGAAUUCUUACAGAACACAUGGUAAAAUAUAGCAAGAAGUGGCUAGUGUCUAAGUAGUGUAGGUUAAAAGUAAUGCAAAAUGUCUUUGUUGUUUCACCACUGGUGGAGAGAAGUCACUUUACUCAAGUAGUCAGUAAAAAUAACAUAUAAUCCGUGUCAUGUAAGGCUUUAAGAAGUCAAAACAACCAGUUUUUACACACAGACACACCUGCUCUUAACCAGAACCAAGAAAUCUGCUGUGUGAUGUGGUUUUUCGUGGAACACUGCCACACGUCUCUCUCUCUACAUCUUCCUGAGUAACUGUUGUUAUUAGAGAGACGCAAAUGCUGUAUUCAUAAUGUAAAACACACGAGAUUCUUCACAAACUGCUGCAGCAUGUUAGGGUUAAAGGGUUAGAUAAAAAUCUGCCUAGUUUCAUACCGUGCACCCGUAAGCAUAGACACUAAAAAUGCUUAAAAAAUAACUUUGUCUUCUGUAGCAAUUAUGAGUCUAAUAAUAAAGGAAUUGGCCUUUAUGCAGCAAUUCUAGUUGUGCUGCAGUCCACAAGAACUACAUACCGGUAAGUCAUUACAAAUUGUAAAAUGUUGAAUGUAUUUAAUAGUUUGCUCAGUAGCUGUGAAAUGCUAAGCUUGAUUUGUUAAUUGAUUCUUUUCCUAAUACCAGUAGAAACCUUCACUUUUCCAGCCUAACAGCAGUAGUUGUGUAUUGGUCACAUCUCAACUAAAUGUUUCCAUUUAUAAGAAGUAUUCACUUUAGGUAUAAAUGCCAUAUUUAUUAAAAGUAAAGGCUACUUAAAGUCAGGUUGGUGGGUUGUGUCAUCCUCACUAUAGUCUGUGUAUUGCUGCAGUUUAAUUUGAGGCUGAGAUUUAAGCAUGUACAAAUUCACCUCAAUAAAUUAAAGGACUGUUAUAGAAGGGGCAUAAGUGAAUUUUAAAUACAUUUAUAGACUGUGUAGUAAUGCUAUGACUUUCACUCCUGUUUGAUUUUGUGUUUUCAGCUGUAGGAACUUCUUGGCUGAACACCGAUGAGGAAUCUUGCUUAGGUGAAGGAGCGCAGUAAAGGAAACAAGAAGUCGUCAUUUGAACUGCUUCUCAAUAAAAACUAUUCUAAGCAAGUUUUAAAAUUAGGUGGAUCUUAUCUACCUGCCAAAAGACACGUUUUACCGUCUGAUCAUCAGAUUGUCGUCUCGGCUACCCCUCUCAGUUUGGAAGUAGUGCGUGGGCAGUGGAUGAUCAACAGAGAGUAGCAGCACCAGACCUAAACAAUCUGGAGAGACGAACUUUUAGUUUUAAGCUAUCAUUUAAGUAUUUCUUGAAAAAGAAGUUGUAGGUUAGUUUCACCCUUAGGGUUAAGUUUGUCUUUCACCAGUCAGUGGUGGGAUCAUUUUCGCCGCCCCUAGUGCUGGAGGUUUGGCACCUGCAUCCCCAUGUGCCAGUGAGUGGGAAAUGUUCCAAUUUGGAAAAUACAAUCUGGACAUUAUAGAGAUGUUAAGUGGGCACCAGGCCCACCAAUUCAAAGGCCUUGGUUUAGAUCGGCAACUACAGCAUCAGCAGCAAGUGCAGCUUCACCAGCAUCAACUCCAGCAGCAGCAGCAGCAGCAGGCUGAGUCCCCUGGAGCUCUUCUGUCUGGACUUGGCUUGGGCCCCCUGCAGGGGUCUAGAGGUAACGCCUUUUCUGAUUCUGCCUCCAUUUUUGCCAAGAUGAGUGCCCCUCCUCCCCCACCUUUACAACAACAGCCUUCCUCAUCUCAGAGCUCUCGUUCAAAGUCAAGCAAGAUGAGCAGCAGCAGCUCAAGCCAUUCUUCAGGCUAUCCACAGUUCCUGCGCUCUUUCCACCCGUCUGAGGCAGCACUAGCACAGGAGCAGUUACACCCAGGUGUAGGCCGCUUUGAGCACUUUGCUGGGGGAAGUAGCAGUAGUGGGAGCGCUGGGGGAUUAGGAGGAUUAGUAACAUCAGCACCUCCACCCCCCCCUCCUCUGCAUCCCGGCCUCUCUGUCCCCCAGGCAUCACCUGGCCCCUCCUCUUCUUCUCCUUCCCCUUCAACCUCUGUGGCAACCUCUAAUAACCCUUCUAGCAGCAGUGCAGUCAGCUCAUUGGGACACCAGUUGGUUGGGGCCCAGUCUGAUGCACGGAGCCUUCAUCAACAGUUUAGUUGCAUGUUAGCCGCUAAUCAGUAUUUUCUUUCUGGGGUGCCUGCUAAUGCUAGUUUAGAACAGUUUCUUGUUCAACAGGGAACUCAUAACCAUUUAGGCAUUGGCUUAAGUCAGACAGGCGGGGAGCCUAGUACUAGCCUUGCUCCGCCUCCUGCUUUGCACUCUUCUCACACUCAUGGCCACUCUACUCCCCAGCCACAGCAGACUCCACAGCAACCACCCCAGCAGCAGCAGCUUCCACCGCACACCCUUUCUCAUCCUCACUCUCAUUCUCAUCCUCAUCACCCUCUCCACCCAGGCUCUCAGCCCUCAUCGCUGGGCGGCUUUGACUUCCAGGGCAUUCCUGUACUAUCGUCAAAUCAGAUAGCUUCUCUGAUGCAGCAGGAAGCAGGUUUGCCCCUACCUUUGCCGCUUCAUUUAUCCUUGUCUAAGGAUGACGGUAAAGGGGAAAGCAGCGGAGGUGGAAGUAGUAAUAGCAGCAGCAGUAGCAGUAGGAGGAAGAAAGCUAUGGCCGGCUAUUUGCCACAGAGAAAAUCUGACAACAGUAGUAGCAGUAGCAACCAUGGGCACAGUAGCCACAGUGGUAAUCCCAGCACUAGUAGUAACGGGGGGCUAAAUCAUGGUCAGCCGCCAGCUUUAAUUGGGAGCGGGGUGGGUAUGUCAAACAUGGGUGGAGAACCGUCAUCCCUGCUUGCCUCAUCAUCUUCAUCCUCAUCAGUAGUUUCUUCUUCCUCCUCCUCUGCUCCGUCUUCCACUGCUGCCUCAGUACUGGUUACUAAUGAUUCUCACCUUUCUAAAUCUGAUAACCAGAGCUCAAUGCAACCCAACACCACAGAGUCUGACACAGAGCCAGUUUAUAGCUGUGGAGAGUGUGGCAAAAGCUUCCCUCAACUUUCAAGCCUUCGCAGGCAUAUGCGCAUGCAUGAGCCAACCGCAGCAGGUACUAGCAAUACUGCCACUACUGGCCCAAACCCUGUUCACAUAAAAACACAGUCUGAUCCAAGCCUUCCCCAUUCGACCCAAGAACCUCCCCAACCCUCUUCCAAUUCUUGUUCUAGCCCAGACAAAAUAUUUCAUUGCCCUGAUUGUGGCAAAGGCUUUAAGAAAAAAGGGCAUCUCCUGCAACAUGGUGUUAUACACUCGUCAGCCCGCCCAUAUGGCUGCUCCACCUGCUCUCGGGCUUUUAAUCGUAGAGAGUCACUGACACGGCAUGAGAAGAUACAUGAGGAAAAGCCAUUCCGAUGUCCCGCCUGUGGUCGUGCCUUCCGUGAGAGCACCUCUCUACUCAACCAUGCUGCCUCAGGCACCUGCGGCAAGCCAGGUAGGGGACCCAAACAACGGGGCAGCAAGACAGGAACUGAUGGUGAGGACAGAGUCGAGGGAGGGGGUGGAGGAGGUAAUGGAGGAGGGGGAACUUAUCAAAGCAAUAGAGGGGUUAUUUAUGGGAAAACUGAGGAAGAGGAUGGUGUAAUCAUUGUGAGGGAAGGAGAACCAAAAUCAGGUUUAGGAUGUGAUGGUCUGUUUCAUUCUGGAAGGGGAGGGAAUUCAAAUGACAGGGACAGAGCAGAUGGUAAAUACCCCACUGACUACUCUCGGAAUCGUUACACAGGCUACCAUGAUGACCACCGUUCUCAAGGUAAUCCAUCUCCAUGCUACUCUGGUGCCUCCCCAUGUGGAAGUGGGAUGGCGGGCCCAGCUCUGAGAAAGGCACCCCUGGCGCCAACACUGCAUCCACAUUCACAGACCCACAACCAGCACCACCAUCCGCAGCAACAGCCCCACCUGCCCCUCUCUUCUCUACUGGAUGACUCAGAAGAUGAUGUCACUAGCUCUGUGAAUAAUGCAAUCUCUGCUAUAACAGCAGCUAGUAACAGUGGAAAUAGAGGGGAUGACAGGGGAGACAUCAUAGGAGGUCUGCUAGGUGGUCUUGGUUUAGGACCUCUGGGCUCACCUUCAUCCACAUCUGGUAUGGAUAAGAAUUUCAGAGGUGGUGGGAGUCAAGAGGCUAUGAGCAGCAACCCGCAGAAUCCUACUGCCAAACCAAAACGUCCCCGCAAACCAAGAGCUAAGAAAGAUCCUGCAGCUGGCGGACAGCCCCCCAAACGUAGGCAGUACACCCCCAGAAUGGGCCCCAGUGGGCUCCCACGCACUCACCUCUGUAGUGUCUGUGGUAAGGGAUUUGCACGCCGCGAGACCCUGCGCAGGCACGAUCGCAUCCACACAGGAGAGAAGCCCCAUCACUGCACUGUUUGUGGGAAGUAUUUCAGAGAAGCUUUCCACCUCAGCAAGCAUCAAACAGUCCACUCCGGGGCAAAGAAUUACAAAUGCAGCAUCUGUGGGAAAGAGUUUGGUUACUCCCAGAGCCUCAGGAGGCACAGUAAACUCCACCAGAAAGGGGAGAUGGAAGAGGUGCCCACCACACCGGCUCCAGAGAACCUUAACAGCUUUAACCCAAAUCCUCAAUGUAGCGUGGCCCAAGACCGGAGCCAGAACCAAGCACCAAGCACCUCCUCCUAUUAUCCCUACUCCCAAGACGUCAAGCCUCAAGACACCAACCCCCAGCCGCAGCCUCCUCCCCCACCCCAACCACAGCCCCCGCCGCCACCUCGACUCUACACCUGCGCUAUAUGCUGGAAGUCGUUCCGUCACCACUUUCACUUGACUGCCCAUCACCAGACGGUCCAUGAAGGUGGGGGUGAAAAGCUCUUCUGCUGUGAGGUGUGUGGGAAAGCGUUUGCUUACUCUAACAGCCUCACUCGACACAAGCAGUCUCAGCAUGGCAUGACCCGCCCUGAACAGUCUAACCCACAAGAAAGCAACAGUGGGUCUGGAGACAACCGAGGUGGGAGUGAUGUUAAUCAGUCAACCUCUGAGAGUGAGGCUGCCACGAAUGCACUGCUUCAGAUGGCACCUUCCAACGAAGGCCACGGAGGGCAAAGUCUAAGUGUUGUCACUCAUAGCCACCAACAAGCACCCCCACAGCCACCAGUUGGUUAUUCUCCCCUCUUUUAUGAUGCUGCAGCUACUCAGUCUUCUGCCUCUGCGGCACCAGCUUACUCUCAGCCACUUCCUCCCAACUCUACAGUCAUGCCCCCGCAACACCCGCAUUCUCCAGCCGGAGUUAAAGGAGAACACAUAUAUCCAGCUGGAUCCCGUAGCCGAACUCUUCACACCACGGCCCCGUUCCAGCCCCUCACGGAACUGCCCUCCACUGAACAUCAUCAUCUGCAUCACCAUCAUCAUCACUCCCACCAUCAUCCCCAUCAUCAGUCAGGCACCCAGCCCCACCAAACCCUCGACUGCGACGUCCAGUCGUCGCACGAUGACAUGAGACGACACAAGAAGAAAAAAAAAAAGUCCAACAGGAGAGAUUGGAAGGGAAAUAAAUGGGAAUCUCAAGAUUUAGUCAGAUUUGAUGAAAUCAAACGAAAGAGAAAGAUCAGUUGUACAAUAAGAGGGCAGUUGAAUAAAAAACAAGGCUCUCUUCGUUUGACAAUUAGGCGAGGAGGAGGAUCAGGUGGUGGUGGAUAUAAGCUUGUCAACACUGGUGGAAUGAAAGUGCAGAUCCUGUCAUCUCUCAAAGUUCCUGUGAAACGUUUUGGCUGUCCAAUAUGCCCCAAUUCUGUGUUUUCCCGUAAAGCGGGGCUGCUUGUCCACAUGGCAGUUAAACACCCACAAAAAGCCUUGAGCACUCAGGAGCGACUUAGGUGCAGUGUGUGUGGGAAGCAGUCUUACAGGCCUUUGGCAGUCUUCAUUCAUCGGGCUUCCCACCGUGCCAGAGGGACUUUCUCCUGCCGACGCUGCUCAGCUCGCUUUUGGAACGCUACCCUUCUUCACAGGCACAAAGUGUCCUGCCGCCGCAGGGCUAAAGGACUGCAGAGGGGAGAUGCUAAGAGGCUGAAGCUUUCAAAAAGACCGGGAGAAAGACAGACCCGUGAGGGUCAUGAGGAGAUGCCAUUCCUACAGGGACCAUACAGAUACUGAGCUUCCUGGUUUCUGAAGAGAGUGGCAUACAAGAGGGAUGUUUCAGUUCUAAAAUAGGAAGUGAGAGAAAAAAAAGGGACUUGAAAAGGCAUCUGCUGCCUUAAGGAAAAUUUGCCUCGUGUCUCUGUUGCAUCUACUCUGCUGACUAUUAGAAUGAGUGUGUUAACAACUACUGUAGAGUGUCCUAUAAAAUAUCUCCAGAAAUUCUUCCAGAUUAUGUUGGAAGGUGUUUUCAAAGACGUGACUGUUUCCAUAGGAUCAUUAAUUAACCCCUUAAGUGCAUUGACACUAUGCUUGGCUGACACUGUGCAGUUACUAGAGCAGUUUAGGUGAAAUGACCUGCUAAUGUAUCUCUUACCCAUAACUAGAAGCCCCGCUACACCUCUUGCUGUAUGAUAAACGUCUCUGCUGUGUAUUUUGUCUUGUUGUUGUUCAAUUAGAGGCUCUGAGGAUUUUUUAAAAAUGUAAAGUGCAUUUAUUAGGAGUAGGGACACGGGGACAAAGACCUUUGUUGAUAGUUUGUCAGUGCAUGUUUGUUCUCUGGUCAAGUUUUUUGCUGAGGUUGUGAAAUCACUCCUACAGUAUGUGAUGGUUUAUUCAGUAUAUCCCCAGAAGUUUGUAGUGUAAACCUGAUUUGAAAGUUGCUCUAUAUUCCCUAGUGAUUUAAUCACACAUAGAUAAAAUGUCAACGUUGCUGGUAAUUAGCAUUACAAGGACCCCUCUCCUGCCAAAAUGACGAAAAACUUACAAGAAGCCUUGCUUAUGAUGUUCACUUUACUUCAUUUAUUUGAGAUCUUCCUAGCUUUUAUACCAAGAGAUUGAAAACAGGUUAAACAAGUGGACUGUAACACAUGUUUAUCUCAUGUUAUUUGUAUGCUCUUUUUAGCAGUGAUUAUUUCUACAGUACUUCACGGUGUGUUAAAACAAGGACCUAUCAUGAUAGAAACAAAUGUAAUAUUCCAUGUAUUUAUGUGUGUAACCCAAUCAGUCUUCAUGCCAAUCUUAUACUUACCCCUUCUACCUUUUUACUUUUUGCUGAGCUGCAAUCAUAUUCUUACUGUUAAGCCUUGUUUUUUUUUCUUUUAAAGAAAAAUAAGUUCAAAAUACAUCUUGUCACUUUAUUCACACAUAUGAAAUGUUCAUACCCCUGUCAAGCCUUGUUUUUUUUUUCUUCUAAAGAAAAAUAAUAGUUUUAGUAGAUUUCUAUCACAUUAUUUACUGAGAAGUCAGUAGUUGAUUAUAUUUCAGCAAUGAAUAAACCUUAAGUGUAAUUAUU